AUGCUACUUGUAACACUACCGCCACCUCGUGUUGUCCAAAUGUUCCAAAGUGUUAUGCCUCCAACUGAGCCACCUACCACACCGCCAACCGCACCACCUACCGCGCCACCAACUCAACCACCAACCGAGCCACCUACUGCUCCACCUACCGCGCCACCUACUGCUCCACCUACCGCUCCACCAACUCAGCCUCCAACUGAGCCACCUACUGCUCCACCUACCGAGCCACCUACUGCUCCACCUACCGCUCCACCAACUCAGCCUCCAACUGAGCCACCUACAACACCACCUACCGCUCCACCCACUGCACCACCCACCGCGCCGCCAACUGAGCCUCCUACCACUCCACCUACCGCGCCGCCAACUCAGCCUCCAACUGAGCCACCUACCACCCCGCCUACUACUCCACCUACCGCGCCACCAACUCAGCCUCCAACUGAGCCACCUACCGCACCACCUACUGCACCACCUACUGCACCACCUACUACACCACCAACUACACCACCAACGACUCCGCCAACAACUCCACCAACACCAGGCAAGCUAAAUACAGAAAUAGAAGUAGGCGUAGUAGAUGGAGUAACAUACGAGCAUCCACCAGCACCUGCCGAAUGUGACCAUCCACAUCACCAUACCGAUCAUCAUCCAGAUCAUCUUGCACGUCACACUCAUAUAAACUAA